AGGGGCUCCAGGAACCAGGAGGAGAAGACUGAGGUCUGAGGUCUGUGUUCUGAGGUCACAGGAGUGCCAGCAGUAAAGGGGACUGACCACCAAGGAGGAGCGCCCCUGUAACGCUCAAGAGCAGCCCUCAAGGAAGACCAGUCAGUGGUCUCCAUUUUCCCCCUGCCACACCCGCACUGGGCACAAGACCCCAGUCAUCAUGCCUGUGGUCCCGAAGAAUGAGCUCUGCGCUUCUGAGGAAGACCUUCAGGGCCAAAUCCAGGCCGAGGGCCCAGUGGAGGCGCAGCUCCUGGGGGCUGAGGCGGAGGAUGCCUCAACCCCUCUGGCCUCCUUGCCUCCAGUCUCAUCUUCCUCUGCCACUGCAGAUGCGGAGAUCUUGCUUAUGCAGGCUCUGAAUAGGAUGACGUGUGAACUACUGGAGUUCCUGAUCCUCAAGUAUGGCACCAAGGAGCCGAUUUUCCAGGCUGAAAUGCUGAAUAUGGUCCUUAGGGAUAACCAGGCCCACUUCCCAGUGGUCUUCCGUAAAGCCACACAGUGCCUGCAGCUGGCCUUUGGCCUGGAUAUGAAAGAGGUAGACCACAGAGAGCACAUCUAUGUCAUGGUCCCCAUCCUGGGCCUCACCCUCAAUGAGAUGCAGAGGGAUGAGGAGAGCAUACCAAAGGCUGGCCUCCUGGUGGCGGUCCUGAGCCUGAUUAUCCUAGCAGGGGACCGGAUCCGUGAGGAGAAGGUCUGGGGAGCACUUAGCAAAAUGGAGGUAUUUUCUGGGAUACAGCACUGCAUCUAUGGUGAGCCCAAGGAGCUGCUGACCCAAGUGUGGGUGCAGGCGGGGUACCUGAAGUACCGGCAGGUGCCUUACAGCCACCCUGCUCGUUACGAGUUCCUGUGGGGUCCCCGGGCCUAUGCAGAGACCAGCAAGCAGAAAGUCAAGGACUUUCUGCGCAGGGUCAAUGGAAGGGGUCCCAGGUUCUUCCCACCCCGGUGUGCAUAGGUGUGAGGGAGGAGGAAGAGGGGCCCUGAGCCAGAACAGCAGCCAGGCUCCUUUCAGGCCCACAUCCAGCAGCUUGUUCUGGGGGUAGGAAGGGAGGCUGAUCCUUUCCUCUGUGUUUGAAGAGGGAGCAUUCAGCCUUCUCAGUCCUGACAGCCUGGGACAGUUGGGGGAACUGGUGUGUAGCAUCUUUGUCUUCCUGUUCUCUACAGUAACAUGGAGAUCCACUUCUGUUUCCUUUAGAAAUUUUUCAAAUGUUAUUCCUUUUAAUAGAAGGCCUAACGAGCUUCAGUGUCCAACUAUGUCAAUAACAUUGAUCACAGUGUGUUUGUGCUUACCCAGUUCAAGAACAAGAGUUUUGCUGUUGUGUAAAAGUGAUUGUGAACAUUCAUUUUCUUUUGUGAUCCAGAACAAGAUUACAUGGACUUGGCAUAUAACUAUUUUGGAAAUAUGUUAUUACUUAGUAAGAAUUAAGAAAUAAAAUGUAUUUGAGGUGA